UUUUUCUCUGCCGCCCGGGUGCGCGUUACCGGCCGUUGAGACGAGCAAACGAGAAACGAGAAACGAGAAAAUGGAGCUUGUGCUGUUUGCGGUUCGGAGCCUGGCCAGGCUGGUUGGUGUGUGGUUCCAAUGGUUCCAAUGCGGCUCCGUUGUUGGCGAAAGAGGAGUCACUUCUUUUUUUCCCUGAAGAGGGGGCGUUUUGGAGGUUGGGGAUUGGAGGAGAGGAGGAGCAGGUGAGGGGACCAGCAAAGAAGCUACAGCCUACUGAAGACUGAAUGCCGAGAUCCCGAAGCGACGGCGAGAUGGGCGUUCGCGAAUCGUAGAUGGGUUCGCAGCACUGAGCAGUAGCAGUAGAGGCGAUGACAGCUGCAAGGUAACGCAGUGCGCGCCAUGCAAUCGGGCGAAGCUAAAGAAAGCAGCAGCGAAUUGCAAACUGGUCGCGAGACUCGACGCACCGAGAAGGAAGGGUUUCUCCGGAGAGUGAGUAGUCAAGGAAAGAAGAGAAGGGAGAGAAGAUGUCAAUGGAACACACUGGAUACAGGACAGGACAGGACAAGGAGGCGCAUCGAAAGAGACGGGAAGCAGCGGGGUCAAGCUGAAGAGGCGUUGGUCCAAUGUCUAUGUUUCUUCAACUCAUUCGUCCAGUUGGCUGCCACGCUGCCUUCCCCUCCGGCUGCGCGGGACCCUUGGGAUUUCCAUCCAUUGCUUAGCUAAGUCUGUUGAUGAGUAAGAAUGGACCAAGGAAUAGAAGGA